GGAAGAUUCGGGGGAAGGCUCGGGGGCAGGAUCACAGGAAGGCUCGGGCCCCGCCCCGGAAGGCUCGGGUGCCGCAGCCAUGGUGGUGCUGAGCGCGGCGCGCUGGGUGCGCAGCCGGCUCUCGGACCGCUUCUGGAGGGUGCAGGAGGUGCUCAAGUACGCGCGGCAUUUUCGUGGCAGGAAGAACCGCUGCUACAGGCUGGCAGUGAGGAGCGUCCGCAGGGCUUUCGUGAGGUCCACCAAGGCCAGGAGGGAGAAGAAGAGAUCCCUCAGAGCGCUCUGGAUUACAAGGAUUGGAGCAGCUUCCCUCGAACAUGGUUUGAAGUACCCAGCCUUCAUAAGCAACCUGGUCAAGUCCCAGGUGGAGCUGAACAGGAAAGUUCUGGCUGACUUGGCUAUUUAUGAGCCAAAGACAUUCAAGUCCCUGGCUGCUUUAGCCCAGAGGAGGAGACAGGAAGGGUUCCUGGCUGCCCUGGGAGAUGGAAAAGAACCAGAGGGGAUAUUUUCACGUAUUGUGCACCACCACCAUUGAUAUCAGAGUCUGUAUAUACGUGUUGGAAGCAGGGAUUUGAUUGUGAAGCAAACCUGCUGUGGGACUGCUGCUAAAAUGGAAAAUGUGGAACAAAUCCUCCAAGGAUGGUGUGGGUGUGAAACUUCUCCUUGGUGGCUUUUUCCCUGUGUUGUUGUCACUGAAAGCUGUUAAAUUAAAAGCACACUUCAAGGUUAGCGGUCAGGACAUAGAGUGACUUAAUAAAGAUAUUUUUUUGGUAACUGCUACUAGAAAAAAAACACAAUAUGCGUGGUGAAUUCUGGCACUGAAUGGGGAAAAUGCAGCUGGGUUGGGGAGGGAGAUGUUGACCCUCACACGCGGACCCUGGUUGUUAAGGACACACAUAGUUUCUAUUUUUAAGCACUUAAUAAAGACAUUUUUAUUGAUAACUGC